AUGUCCAUUUCUAGCCUCCAAGACAAAGUCGCGAUAGUCACCGGUUGCAGCUCCGGUAUCGGCCUAGCAACUACACGUUUGUUCCUCGAACGAGGCGCUUCAGUGUUCGGAAUAGACAUCGGCGAACAGCCGCAGAAGCUCGCUGAAGACUACUCAACAUUCACCUUCUAUAAGACUGAUCUUACCGAAUCGCAAGCUGCUGAGCAUGCUGUAGCGAAGUGCGUCGGCAAACACAACCGCAUCGAUGUCCUGGUCAAUUGCGCGGGCGUGAGCGAUGGUUGGAGCAGCGCCGACACGAUUCACGAAGAAGAGUGGGAGAGGGUCAUGUCUAUCAACCUGACAGUGCCUAUUCGCAUGAUGAAGGCUGUAUUGCCAGCGAUGAAGGAACAAAAGGGUGGCUCUAUUGUCAACGUUGGAAGUAAAGCAGGAACUUCGGGGGCGAGUGCGGGUAUUGCGUACACUGCAAGCAAACAUGGUCUGGUGGGUGCUACAAAAAACGUUGCCUGGCGAUUUCACAAGGAAGGCAUUCGAUGCAAUGGCGUGCUGCCUGGCGGCGUUGCAACCAACAUCGCAUCAUCAGUGCAGAUGGAGCACUUUGAUUCUGCUGGCUUCAAUGCUUUCUUCCCUAUUGUGCAAAUGCAUGUAUCGAAAGACAGCGAGGGCACGCCGGUUCCUUACAUUGGAGUGGAUAACGUGGCGCGCGGCAUUGCUUUUCUGGCUUCAGAAGAGUCGACGAUGAUUAAUGGGGCAAUGAUACCGAUUGAUAAUGCGUGGUCCACUAUAUAA